GCUUAACCGGUCUGCACUGAACACGACUUCAGAAUCUCUUGGACUAUGAAAAUUCUGGUGUUGACGGCGAUCAUCGCCGUUGUCGCCACAAAUCCACUAACAGGAAAUGCUAAAUGGCCCUGGCAAGUAGGAAAAGAAUACGUCUAUGAUGUUAACACUUACACCUGGACCAAGUUCGAGAAUAGCAACAGCAAUGGCAACGCUUUCAAGUCCCAGUUAGCGAUCCGCGUCCAGGCCCCUGGACAUCUUCUGGCUAAAUUACAAAACCCCUUACAUGCACAGAUUCAAGGAGUGAUGAAUAUCAACGAUGUUCCUUCUGAUUUGAAAUAUGAAGAUGUUCCGAAGAUCGACGAGGUUUUCGAAAUUUUUGUCGAUGGAGGUCGUGUGCUAUCUUUGAAAGUACCUUCCUCCCUGCCAUCGGACAAUGAGAACAUAAUCAAAGGUUUGAUCAGCGCACUCCAAGUCGAUUUAUCUACAUUUGGACAUGUGGACAAUUUCCCCAACAGCUUCGACAAAAAUACCUUCCAAGGUCUGUUCAAAAAAUCGGAAGCUGAUGUGACAGGCGACUGUGAAACUUUAUAUUCAGUUUCUCCGAUUUCUGUAGAAGUACGUCGUGGCUUGCAAUCAUUUGCUGAAGACCCCAUAGAGAUCACUAAAAGUAAGAAUUACGAUUCGUGCAGAAGACUUGUUGGUUUAGGCCUUGGUGUCCCAGAAGGAGCCGUUUGGAAUGGACUUGCUUAUGAAAACGAUGAAAGACAGUUCAUCAAGCAUACUACUGAAUCACGUAUUCAUGCUGGUAAACAAGGAACAAUCUACAAAUCGGAGACAUUGGACACUGUGCUUGUAAAUCCUCUCUUGUUCGGAAAACAAAAAGCUGAAGUUUACAGUUACGUUGGUCUCGUUUUGUCUUCUGUGGAGGCGAUAAGCAACACCGAAUGGGCGCAAUCGGAAAAUGUUCGAGCAGUUAAAUCACUUUUGUCGUCAGAGGGAUCUAACCCAUAUUUUAAAGUUGACCCAAAGAACAUUGAAAAUGCCCAAAAAAUUCUCCAAGAAAUCACUUUACUACUGAAUGACCCUAGCAGCUUACCCGAAAACAAUUUUUUGACUAAAUUUAAUGUUCUGGUUCGUUUUAUCAUGUAUAUGGACUACGAACAAUUAAAACAGAUGACGGAAAGCACUGAAGUCGGUAGGACCGCAAAAAAUGCAGCGAAAUAUAAAAUGUGGACUAUCUAUCGUGAUGCAGUUGCACAGGCAGGUACCCACGCGGCCUUCAAAGAGAUUAAAUCGUGGAUUUUAACUAAGAAAAUCGAAGGUGAAGAAGCUGCUCAAGUAAUCGCGUCUCUACCUGGUAGUCUUGGUUUACCAAACGAAUUAUUGAUGAAGGAAUUUUGGGAACUUGCAUUAAGCCCCGAAGUUGUGGAACAAAGGUACCUUAAUAGUUCUGCUUUACUGGCCGCUACAAAAUUUAUUCGAAAAGGAAACCAGUUUAUUGUAAGAACAGUUAUUCCUCGUCUUUCUUCUGAACUUAAGAAAGCUAUCGAAAAAGGUGAUAACAGCAAAGCUCAAAUAUAUAUUAGAUCACUGGGCAACUUAGAUCAUGCUGAUAUUUUAAAGGCUUUUGCUCCUUACCUUGAAGGCCAAGUCACCGUUACAAAGUACCUCCGUACACAAAUGGUAAUCAGUCUGAAAGCUUUGGCUAACAAAAAGAACGAACGUGUUCGCGCUGCACUCUUUAGCAUCUUGAGAAACACUGCUGAACCAUACGAAGUCAGGGUUGCUGCCGCUCUAAACAUCUUCUUAGCUUUCCCCACUGCAGAGAUGAUGCAAAUUAUGGCACACAUGACUAACGAUGACCCGAGUCUCCAAGUUCGUGGUGUAAUAGCAACUAGUAUAUCCUUUGCAGCUAAUCUCAAGGAUCCACGUUUCGCAGAGCUAGCCAAAACCGCUCAAGCUGUUUCAAAUAUAGUAUCUAAGGAGAAAUUCGGGUACCGUGCAUCUGCCGACAGUAUAAUUGAUGACUACACUUCCAGAGAUGACCUUGCCCACUUCAGGGAAUUGUCUUAUAUCGGCAGUGAAGACAGUUUUCUACCUAAGUAUCAUAGGUCAGCCUUGAGAUUACGAAACAACGGGCUGACUGAAGAAGAUUGGAUCUCUUUUUCCGUUUCUGACGUUAAAGAUCUACUCAACUACGUGCGGAACUUUUUCUAUGUUGAGGGAUUUACUUCAGAGCCCGAACUAAAAUUCUCCGCCAAGAAAGUUGCCAAAGAACUUAACAUUAAACGUGAACCUCAUGAUCCAAUUGAAGGCGCAUUAUUCAUUGAUAAUUUGAACCAACAAAGACUUUUCACUUUCGAUGAAAAAGUACUACCUGGUUUGGUUUCGGAUUAUAUCAAAAAAGUUCAAGGACUAUUCAAUCGAGAUGAGAAACAGUAUACGAAGGUGAUAAUCGGCAAACAAGUUAUUGUUACCUUCCCUCUAGCCACUGGUAUGCCUUUUGUUUACACAUACAGUGAGCCUAUUCUGUUCAACAUUGAAGGCGGCGCUGCUUCUAAACUAACCAUGGCAAGAAGUGUUUCAUUUGACUAUAAUAUUAAAUUCACAUAUUCAAGAAAUUUGGACGGCCGCGUUGGUUUCAUAGAUACUAUGAAUAAAGUGUACGCAAGUAGUGGAGUAAUCAACAAGUUACAGUAUUUUAUACCAGCCAAGUUUUCUAUAAAACCGCAGAUUAAUGACAUAACAUUUAAUAUUGAUUUUCCUAAAAAAGACGCCAACCUUGUUCACAUGAGUGUAUGUCCUUAUACAUCUCUACAAAAACUGGAUUCUGCAUUGGCAGUAUCUGACGAUCCAUCCACUAAAGUCAUUAAGCGCUCUGCUCCAGUUUUGGCUACUGACGUAAAUAUUGGGGAAUCUGCUGGUGUCAGCCUUAACCUAAAGGGUCACUCAUACUCAAACGAUUUCAAGAAAAAUAUUUUCUCUUCUGAUAUUUUGACGAACAUCCGCAACCUGCUGUACCAGAAUGAUAUUGCUUGUACGCACUUUGAAUUGAAAUACAUAGCUAAGGAAACUAAAAACAAACAAUUUACUUCGAAAUUAUUAUUUGAGACUCUAUACGAUCACAAAGGAGAUGAUGAAAUCGGGCCAGCCGAAGAAAUUAUUCAUAUCUCAGCAAAUAAUUUGAAACGUCGUAAACAAUUAGCCGAUCGCGUUGCAUCGGAAAUCGAAUAUGCUAAAGUUCGAAUUAUUGACUUCAGUGCUGUAUUUGAGGGCCAAGACAAGAAAGAGUUUGUAUUCACUGCAGCGUUAGCUAACAGUGCAGCAGACAAUAAAGUUCAAGCUAUUGUAUUUGCUAAUGUUGGCGAACAAAUUAAUGCCGUUUUCAAAAUGGUCAAGCCUAAAGUUAUUCCAAUAAAUUUCGUUAAAGCUCUAAAGAAUGAAAUUAAGAUAGAAUAUGAAGCUGACUUUAAAUAUGGAGACUCUGAAAACAUUAUUUUCAAAGGCUAUGGCCAACGAAGCAAGGUAUACACUGAAAGAUUAUCCAAUGAUCCUGUAGGAAAGCAAUGCUUGCUAGAGACCAGCAACAAGAACUUCUACCAGAAGGAUUGUUACAAAAUGAUCAUCAAGGCACACGCACCUGAUUACUUUAAGGGUACAGUGACAUAUAAAGAACUUAACCCUGUACUUUUGGACGCUAUCUACAAAAUAUACAAUGUUUUUAAACACUUUACUACUUGGGAAGAGGACGAGGAUCUAUUGAAGGCUACUGAUGAUGGUAAAGUGGAAAUCGAAGCACAAGCGUUCUACUACGACAACUACAUUAACUACAAAUUCAACACCAAAUAUGGAGAGUUCCGCAUGAACAAUGUCCAGGGCCGUUCCUACUACCCCUAUGCUAUGGCUAUCUAUGCGCCCAUUACAAAUUGGGAGCGUUCUUAUAACUGGUUCACCGGCUACCAACAUUUGCCUUUCUGUACUGUGGACGAUAACAAGAUUAGGACAUUCAGCGGCCGCAGCUAUAACUACAGUCUGACGGGUUCUUGGCACGCUGCUAUGGUCGACGAGACCGGUGAAAAUGGCAACAAACUAGUCAUCCUCGUCAGAAGACCCAGUGAUGGUGAUCAGGAGGUCUACGUUUCCUACCAUACCGUGACGGGUUACAACGUGGAGAUUCAAAUUGGCUCAAAACAAUACGAAGUGACCAGUAACGGAAGAGAAGUUAGCGACAAUUAUGUAACCAUAUAUUAUGAUGAUGUUUUGAAGAUUCCUGUCGUAGAAUAUUACUACGUAAUCGAAGACAAUUACCAAGUAUACAGCUUGAACAACGGAGCCGUCCGAUUUAUUUACGACGAUCACCGCCUUAUCAUCUUUUCUGACGAUCACCGCAGCACCACCAGGGGUCUCUGUGGACAGAGUACUUCCCAACCCAGCGACGACUACAUGACUCCAUACGGUCUGGUGGACCUCCCCGAGCACUACGGAGCUUCCUUCUCUUUGGAAGGUGAAGGCAGCGACCCUAAGACUGUGGAGCUGAAGAAGGAAGCUAAACUGAAGGCGUACCAGCCUGUCACCAAGUACACCAACAUCUUACGCUCCGACGAUGAGUGGAGCAAGAUCAGCAACGAAUCCGUUAAAGAAUUGUAAUUGAUCUGCAAUAAUAACGGACCUAAGCACGUCAUAUAGACUA